AUGACGGUGUCGUACUCUCUGGAGGUGGCAGACGCUCGGUUCUGGGGUUUCUCCAGACUUCUGCUCAGGUGGAAGGGGAGCAUCUACAGACUGGUCUACAAAGAGUGUGUGGUCUUCUGUGUGGUCUACUUCUUCUUCAGCAUCUUCUACAGAUUUCUGUUGACUCCGAAGCAGCAGGACCUGUUUGAGCGCGUCGCCCUGUACUGCGACCAGUUCACCAACACCAACUACAUCCCUGUGCUCUUCGUACUGGGUUUCUACGUGACCCUGGCGUUUAACCGCUGGUGGGGGCAGUACACGUCGUUCCCUCUGCCUGAUAACCUCAUGAUGGUGGUGUCUGGGAACGUACACGGCUCGGACACCAGGGGACGCCUGCUCAGACGCACUCUCAUGAGAUACGCAAACCUCUCGUCUGUGCUCAUCCUGCGCUCCAUCAGCACCCGCGUGCACAAGAGGUUUCCCACACUGCAACAUGUCGUGGAGGCCGGCUUCAUGACGCCUCCGGAGCUGCAACUGUUUGAAUCUCUGCACUCGGACUAUAACAAAUACUGGAUGCCUCUGACCUGGUUCUCCAACUUGGCCUCGAGAGCCCGCGAGGAGGGCCGCGUGAGGGACGACAUCGCUCUGAGACUGCUCAUGGACGAGCUGAACAACUACAGAGCCAAGUGCAGCCUUUUGUUUCACUAUGACUGGAUCAGCAUCCCUCUGGUCUACACACAGGUGGUGACGAUCGCUGUGUACUCGUUCUUUGCCUUCUGUGUGGUCGGGAGACAGUUUCUGAACCCCGCCAAAGGAUACAAGGACCACAAGAUCGAUAUGUACGUGCCCGUGUUCACUCUACUGCAGUUUUUCUUCUACGCCGGCUGGCUCAAGGUUGGAGAGCUGAUCAUUAACCCGUUCGGUGAAGACGACGAUGACUUUGAAACCAACCAACUUAUUGACCGCAACAUUCAGGUGUCCAUGCUGGCGGUGGACGACAUGUAUCAGAACCUCGUUCCUCUAGAGAAGGACAAACACUGGGCUCAGAGAUACUUCUCUGUGCCCUACACUCUGUCCACAGCAGCAGAGACGCUCACACCGGCCUUUAAGGGCUCCACCUACGACAUGAGGAUGAGUGCAGAUGACCUGGAGACUUACCCCAUGAAUGCAGACGGUAAAACUCACUACCUCGCCCCCAGAGGCUCUUUGGGCGACGGGCUGACCCAGUUUGUGCAAAAGACUAAAGGGAUUCUGCGUGGUGCCAGUCUGCCCUCUCUGCUCGAUGUGACCAACCAAGACGAGCACAACGGAAACGACCCGACCAAUCACAAGACAGAGACGGACAAGCUGGUCACCAUUGAAGUAACACAAAAUGAUUAA